GCCAGCAUUGUUCUCUUCUUUCCCUCCCGCUCCGACCCCUUCGUUGGUAUUCAGAGAAAUCGAGGGGCUUAAACGCAAAAAGGUCUGGAAAAAGAAGGGGUUGGAGGGGGCAAAUCGAAAUUUUACUCGCCGGAGGCACUGAUCUAGGGUUUCGAGUCCUAAAUCGAGCUCGAUUUCACUCGAUCAUGGCUUCUAGGGCUUGGGGUUUGGGCCUUAUGCUUUCCCUGGCGUUCUUGGGGCCGGCGUGGGCGGAGGAGGUGGGGCUUUGCCCUAGCGUCUCCGUUGUGGAUUCGAUUUUGGGGCGUUGGGAUUUUUGUGCGGUUUCGGAGUCGCCGCUGACUGGCGGGGGAUUUGUUGGCGUUGUGGAGGGAGAUGAGGUUGCAUUGCAGAUGGCCUUGAAUCUAGUGCACAAAAGCAGGAAAGGACAUGUAGCUCUGCUGUUCCAUGCAUCAUGGUGUACUUUCUCGAAACUUUUGAGACCAAGCUUUGAUGAUAUGUCUUCUAUGUUUCCUGCAAUUCAUCAUUUUGCUUUUGACGAAUCUGUUAUCCGGCCCAGUGUACUGUCAAAGUAUGGGGUUCAUGGUUUCCCCACCCUUUUCCUUCUGAAUUCUUCAAUUUGGGUGCGGUACCAUGGACCACGGACUAUGAAAUCUCUUGCUACAUUCUAUACUGAUGUCACAGGCAUCAAAGCUGCACCUCUUCAAAUCUCCAUUGGAAAGGUUGAUGACUCAGCAAACCUUAAUCAACUUAAAGCAGAGGCCGAUCAAGAAAAUUGCCCAUUCUCAUGGGCGAGAUCACCUGAGAAAUUGCUUCAACAAGACACUUACUUGGCUCUGGCAAUCUCCUUUGUUUUGUUGAGGACACUCUAUUUUCUUCUUCCAAAACUCCAUUCAUGUGUGCUACAUGCCCGGAGGAGGCAAAUCCGCCUUGUGAGUUUGAUGAACACAUGGGAAUAUUUCCAUGCAUGUCUAUCGCAAGCAAAGCAGAGUCUGAACAGGCUGAAUCCAUGCAAAAGAAGCGAUUUUCACGAAGGAGCAAUGCACGCAAAGAUAUGGGCUUCCAAGUCUUUAGCUUCUGUAUCAUCAAUUGGUGAGUCGAGUACUGGAAGGUCACAGUGUGCUUGCGAAAGGAGAUGAAGUUCUCUGGUAACAUUUUGUUCUUUGUUGCAUUGUAUACUAGUACCACCCUAGGAACAAAACUCCAGUCUUGUUUACCCUGUAAGUUUGGAAUCUGGGUUGCAAUUACUUCUGCUGCAACCUCUCAGCAAAAUCAAUGAUCUGAUGAUACUAAAAUAUUGUUUCCCACUUUUUUCCCCCUUUCUUAAAUUGUUUUUGUCAAUUUAA